CUGUGCAACCGUGUAAGAGAAGCCUGGCUAGUGUGUCCACCCAUACAAGUAAGAUAUUUGAUAUUCAGGAUGCCAAUUUUAUUACAAUGCUUGUUAGUCGCCACUUCAUUGACGCUGACAACGUGCAGUGAGGAUGGGCUUUCUAAAUGGGUUUUCCCGAAACAGACUCGUGCUGAGGCAGCUUGUCCUGCACUUGAAUAUUCUGCCGAUGUCAUGACUGAAGCCGACACUCCUGUUGCUUCGAUGUGCCGAGCCUCGUGUCAAGCUGACGAAACGGAAAUAUGUGACUACGAUGUUAAUGUCUUACCCUGUGGUACGUCGGACGACAAAUUGGGAUGCAAGUCGUGUGCUAAUAAUGACGUUCUGGAAAAGAAGCAAGGGCUUGGUUUUAAUAUAUGUAAUUGGUUUUGUCACAACAAUUGCGAAAAAUAUGGAGGGACGUGUAGACUGUUUACAUGUAGAAAGGAUGAGCGCUUAGGAAAGGUGGGAACUUGCCCACUGCCAUGGCUAUGCAAAUGUUGCAAACCAAUACCAACGACAAAGCCAUAUACAGGGCCACAUAAGGAGCCUGCUCAUGAACUGGGUGACCCACAAUUCCGUACAUUCGACGGCUUUCAUUACAUGUAUAAUGGUCACAGUGAUUGCGAGUACGUAUUCUUUCAAGAGUGUGUGCCUCGUCCAUCAUUCACUGUUUUGAUCAGACACCAUUAUCUGAAAGAAGCUAUGAAAAUGGUGGUCACUGAAGUGUCAAUUGUUCUUAAUGGGAACCGUGUAACCUUGAUUGAAAACAGACUUUACAUAAAUGGCAAAAUCCAUAAUCUACUGACUCCACUGAUACUUGGAAAUCUUACAGUGAAACGAGACAAUGCAGGAUAUGUGAGAGCAACACUGGAUUCAACAUUUACAUUGACAUGGAACGGCAAAGGACGCGUUGCUCCUGUUCUAAACCAAUCUAUGUUCGGAAAAGUAUGUGGCUUGAUGGGAAACGCUGACGGGGACCCGUCUAAUGAUAUGCAGAUCCCGAUGCCAGAUGGGAAACUGAAAUUAGUUACUGAGUCUGAUAAAUUUGGGGACAAGUGGAUUGUACCAGGAAGUUGCAGUUUAUAAUCCGAAAUGAGGACGUUACUAUUGAGAAAAUCUAUAUAUUCGACGGUGGUGGCGGGUAUUUGGUUUACGUUAUUCGUAUGUAAAACAGGUGUAAUAAGCAGUGUAUACAUUUGGUGGUAAUAAAAUGCGGUUACAGCAAAA